AGAAAUUAUUUGUUUUGGAUAAAUAAACUUAAGUUUUUUGAUAAUUAUGAACACGUACGAAAUACAACUUCAUUUUAGCCGAUCCGGCAACAUCGCUAGUAUCUUUAUCAAAUUAUGACCGUUGCUGUUUAAGAUCUUUUAUUUUUAUAACCUAGUUUAUAAUAAUUAUUAUAUUAAUUUAAAUACAGACAUAGUUGUACUUUUGAUUGUAUUCAAUAGUUUUUAUUGUUAAUAUUAUUAAUCUAUGUCAAACGAUGUCGGAAUUACCUAAUAAGACACAAACUGAUAUUUACGAUGAAGAAUUUUUUAAUAAUUUACAAAUCGCGAAGCCAUUAGUUCAAUUAAUGGGCUUGAAAAGAGAUAAAGAAAUUUGCAAAAAGUGGAUUCAAAAAUUAUGUAACCUAAAAUCUGAUGAUCCGAUUGUUAAAAAAAACCGAAAUGCGUUUUUCAAAUACAUGCUAAGGAUUAUCCAUAAGGCGGCACAAAAAGAGGCUGAAAAUCCCGCUUUUGAUCCGACUAGUGAGCAAAAAAUUGAAAAUGAAUUUACAAGCAAAUGGUCUAGUGAUAAUAGAACGUACAUUGCUGCCAAACCUUUACCAGGAGAAGGAGCUAUGAUUUAUAUGGCAGUUGCUUCUGAUCCUAAACUUGGUUGGGAUCAUCCCUAAUAGGCAUUUCACGAUAUUUAUGUUUCAAAUACAUUUUUUUCGUAAAAUUUGAAUAAUUUAUAAGCAUGUACCAAUAAAAUUGAUUAACAUAA